UAGCGCCCGAGAUAUUGCGAGAAUUACGGUACGCACGUCAAUAUCAUCAGCGCCAGUGAGAAGGAACUUAUGACUUUGUGCAGAACAUGAGUGGAACUGUCUUAGAAGUGGUUCACAUGAAAGUAGAGGAGGAGGGUGAGGAGCAUAUAGAAGCAGCCCACCUUGAGCAGUCCUCUCGCCCAGAGCGCUCCUGCACCAGGAAAGAAUAUCUUGAUAAUAUGGAUACAAUAGUCGAGAAACAGUGUGUUGAUGAAGAGCUGAUUGAAGAGGUCAAGAAGAAUUCCUGUAUCUAUGAUCCCUCACACAUGUAUGCCAGAGAUUCCUUCCUAAAAGAGACUACUUGGAGGGAGAUCGCAUCAACCCUUAAUGUUAGCACGGAGUAUUGCAAGCUACGAUGGAAGAGCCUGAGAGAUCGCUUUGUGAAAACAGAGAAAGAGGAGAGGAGAAGGAGAGAAAGCGGUAUCCACAAGCUUGUGAAACCAUACAGAUUUGCAGGACACCUGUCUUUCCUGAGAGACUACACAAGAGAAAGAAGACCUGGUUUCCUUAACUACCGAGACCAGCAACCACUUGUUACAUAUGUCAAAGAUGUUCAUGAUGAAGAGCAGAGUACAUUUGCUGAGGACGUAAGAGACGAUGAUGAAGACAGGGAGAUCAUUGAAGCUGUAGAACAAGGGUGGGCUACAGCCGAUGGUUACAUCUCAUCUGCUUCCUCUCAUCAUACCAACAGUAAUAACAUGCAUCACCAUCGCCCCACAAACAAUGUCAAGCACCAGAGCCCCAGAAAGAGCCCUAGAAAGAGACAACACAUACCUGCCAAUGAAUACGUCACAAACUAUCUUGGCUUAGGUGCACAAGAUGACCCAGCCGCCAAACGGUCAACGCAAUCGCAGUCUUCAUCUUCGACUUCUGAAGGUCCUGAGGAAUUGAACAAUGCAUCACUGACAGGGGAAGAUAAUGAACAAAAGUAUGAUGAGGUGCUGCAUUUUCUUAUGAGCCUUGCACCGGCCAUGAGGCGACUUCCAACUAAAAAACAAUCUCUGGCAAGAAUUAAGAUCCAAACUGUCUUACAUGAGCUCGAAUUUAGUGAAAACUGAAAGUAUCAACAUUUUACAGACAUUAUUGAGCACAGAUAUCUUGCAAGUGAACACAAUGUUGCACUUAAAUCUAUCGCAUAAGUUCUUUCACAUCUCAAUUACAAUUUCCCACUGCCCUGCCUCAUACCUGAUUUCUUCAAAGAUAGCGAAACCGUGACAACUUGAGGGGACCCUCCCCUUGGCUACAAUAGUGCUGGUUCUAGAGAAGACUGCAUACUUGAAUGAAGAAAAGUUUAGUCUGAAGGAUUACAUUCCAGUUACCAAGAUAAGAAGAAAAUGUACCGUGAUGGUUCAUGGUAGGAGGAGACACCAGCCUGCCGUUCUCUCCCCAGUCUAGCUUCAUAGUGAGAUAGACAGUUCCCCAAGAUUCCUGGAUAUUGCUAGGUUGCAGAAUCUACAAUCCACUGUGUAGCCAAGCAUCCAAAUUAGCAGGUCAUUAGGGCUUAUCAAGUCACUUGAGCAGGUAAAUCCAUCCCCCAGUCAUUAAUCUACUUUAGUUAUGCAUUCCUUUUUAAUUUGUUUUCAUUAUUUUAUAUUGAUCAUUUCAAUUUUUUCUUCUUAUUUCAUUUCAAAUUUUUAUUUUGAAAUCACCAAUCCAAAUGAGUUUUGAAUGGAUCAUUCACUUUUAUUAUGAGUUUCUAUUGAUCAUUUUAACCUUGUGUUCAAUUGCUUCAUUUUGAAUUUUUAUUUGGAUUAUUAUCAGUAUCUGAAAUGAUCUUAUUUUAUUAAUUGUUUUGAUUGUGUUUUGUUUUGUUAUGUUAGAAUGUUCUUGUUCACUAACUUGUUCAAAAAUUGUUUGUUACAAUGAUGGAAUAAACUGGGAAAAUAAAUUGAAAGAUGAUUUUAAAAAGUGAUUUUGAACCAUACAUAGGAUUAUACAAUUGAAUAAGAAGGUGCAAUUUUUUAAAGUAAGUAAUAUUUUUUUAAACUUAAUACAAUUAUGUGAUAAAACUUUAAAAAAUUGUGAGAUUAUUUUCACCAUACACAGCAUAAAAGAAACAAUCAGGUGCAUUUUUUUUGUUGUAAUGAAGUCUUUUAGGAAGCUAUAUUUUCAUAUUUACUUCCAUGGUUACCAAGUAAUUACGAUGCUAUGUGUGUGUGAAAUAACACACACAAAAAAUUAUCAAUCACCUUGAGCAAUAUGACCUACAGAAAAAAGACACUGCACAAGAUAUUCCACAUUUACAAAAUAAUAAGUUAGACCAAGCUCUCAUGGGGAGUAAAUUGGAUUUGCAAGUGUUAGCAAGUGCCAGGGACUCAGGGAGUGUAUACUGCUGGUAAGUGGCUAUUGUGCAAAUCAUUUGUUAAGAUGCAGAUGGGCGUUAAUUUAUGUCAUUUUACACAGACUUAAUGCCCUUCUGGCGACAAACGGACAAAAUGUUCCCAAACAAGAGAAAGGAGGAACAACGAGGUGUAGCAAGUAGAGUUGCAAUCACGUUUACAGGUCUCUUUUGAGAGUUCUGGGAGCAUCUCCAACACCCUCCCCCCCCC